UCAAGGUACUUGAGCACCCCCACAAAUGGGCUGAAAAGGUCCAUGAGUGUCCCUGAGGGCACGAACAAGUGUGUUGGCCAUUAGCAGGGACACGUCAGUGCGUCCGCCAUAUUGAAUGAGUCAAUAUAACGUGCAAACAUCUCAGAGUGUCUCUGAAUAACCGAACGGCAAAUACCAACGACGCUCUUAAGCUUCCGAACGUUUCGGAGUGCACAGAGCGCGCUAGGGGGGAACUUCCGAGCGUACCCUUUAUUAUAUGCUUUAGUAUUAUAGAAAUAAAGUUUGUUGGUGGGAAAUUGGAUCGUCAUAUCGGACAAUAUUGGUAAUAAAGUAAGUCUACAACUCAAAUUCCGACAGAUGACGCUGUGAAUAAACUUCCCUUUACGCUCACACGUAUUAAACUCACGAGGAAGGCAGCCGGAAGUGCGUUUGCCAGCGGCGCGAAGAAAUUCUUACGAAGGUUUGGCAGUGAUCAGCGUUCGUUAUGUGCGCAGCCGUGGACAAUGGCAGUAUCAUCAUCAUCAGCGAUGAUGAAGAAGAAGGCUGUAACCCGGAAGUAUCAUGCUACGAAUCAUCACUUAUCAUGGAGACGGAGGACAUGGCGUGGAAGGACUGUACGCUGUCUCCCAGUAAGAUGGACGAAGACCUGGUGGUCACUUUCUCCCGUCCGGCUGAGGUGUUGCCCCAUGCGCGCUUCGACUGCCCCAAACAUCCUUUUAAAGCUACGGACGACUGCGGGGAUCCUGUGCCUGGGAACCAGCUCCAAUGUGAGCAGUGCUUCUGUUACAUCUGUGACAAACUGGCAGCCAAGUGUCAAAAGUGGCACAUGAGCGGCGUGUGCCACUGCAACAGCCACAAGAAGAGCGACUUCUGGAACAUGAUGAGAAACGGCGAGCUCCUUGGCCAACUGGCGGUCUUCAAGUUGACGCUGUCAGAGGUCGACGGGCACCUCCGACAAGCGGAGUCCAUGCUGCAGAGCUUCAAAGCAGACCUCAGAGCUCGCAUGGUGUCCUUACUGGUCGACAAGCAUGUGGACGACGGCGUCACUUACGACUACUCGCCCAUCUAUGGAUGCGUGUUGGCCUUCUUGAACAAAGUGGACCAACAAGAUGGCCGAGCGGCAGCCGUCAUGAGGCUGGCGGUCGCUCAGGAGUUGCUUCAACUUUUGCAAGUCGAAGGGAUUUAUCUCCCAGUGUUGCCCUCCUCAACCGCUGCAGCGGCCAAAUGGAUGUUAAUGAACAGGUUGGCGUCGUCGCUGCAGAGGCAGAUGGUCAUGGACGAUUUCACGCCAGAGUUCAGACAAAAACUGCAGGAUUUUUACAGGACUUUAAGUUUUCCUCCUCAGCUCAAGCACAUUAGGACCAGCAUGGAUGUGCGCCCGUGGGAUGACAUCCUGCUGGUGUCUGUGUUAAAAGGACAGAACGUGGUCGGCGUGCGCACCAACAAAGGGAAGAAGGACACUCUGUUUGAGGACAUUGAUGUUUUUCUGCUUAGAGUGGAGCGACUGCUGGACCAGAAGAGGUUUCGAGAGUUGAGCCGCUACCUACGUGUCGUCCGGACAAAACGGCUCAGUUGCUUCCUGCGGCUGAAGGACCUCAUCCCUUUCUUCAUGUGCAUGGAGGGCAACUUCAACCCUGCGCUCACCACCUUCUUUCAGUCAGGCAGCGGGCUCGUCUCGCGCCUCACGCUGCGGGACUUCCAGUUGUACCUGCGUGUGCUGGACACAGCAACGGCGCCCAAGCUGUCCGUCGGUCCCGUGGGGGAGCUCUGCUUCGCUGACGACAAAUGGUGUGCGAUCCAAGGUGCGGUGCCUCUGACGCGUUUAGAAUUGGUCCGCUUUGCUCGCAAGGUCCACAAGGGCUGUCCGGCCAUCCGCAUGAAUUCUGAGUUUUGGACCCACUUGCUCAAGAUCGUCCACGUGAGUCGCCAGGGGACUGCCGGUAUCCCUGAACCCAGUCUGGCCUUCUUAAAAGAAGCUGCACACACGGUCCGUUCUAUUCUGAAGGAGGAGUCCGGUGAUAACCUGCAGAUCCCGCAUCACUUUGUGUCGCAGGCGUACCCAGAUCAAGCUGUGUUGCUGCUGGUCACCGGAGCCUUGAGUCACAUCAUUCUCCAUCCGUCUCUGAAUCCAAUCAUCCCGCUUCUCUGCACAUUUGAGAAGAACAUGUGGGCUCUCCACUGGUUUUGGAAGGACAUGUUGCCUGGCGCUGAGUCUCGCGUGGCUAUCGUGCACAAGAUCUAUCGGGAGCUGGAGAACCCAGCAGCGAAAGACCCUUCAAGAUAUAGUCUGUCUAGCAGACAAGUUCUGUGGCCAUCCGCAAAGAACUGGGACAAAUUCCUGCAGCUGAAGGACUUCCUGCCAUUCCUGCUGUGCCUUGAGGGCCAAACUGGCGAGGCGCUGAGGACGUUCUUCCCAGAUAGAGGACCAGCUGCGCGCCUCACGCAGCACACCUUCCAGCUCUACCUCCGCCUUCUCGGCACCACCACGGCACCCAAGAUGACAAUCGCUCACACAGGGGAGCUCUGUGCUCACGGCGACACCUGGGGCCGCGUUAAAGGUGCUGGACCGCUGAUGCGUUCACAAUUCGUGCACUUUGCACUCAAGGUCCACAGACACUACCCAGCUUUCUAUGUAAAUUCCCAGUGUUGGAUCACUCUGCUCAACGUGGUCAACGUCACACACUCACUCAACAGCUUCCCGGAACCAAGUCCGGACUUCAUGCACGAAGCUGUCAACAUUACGAAUUCCGUGCUGCUCUCCUUCGACAAUGGACUCAUCUCCGACGUACUAAUUCCACAUCACUUUAUGCUGCUGUACCCAGAUCAGGCCCUGCUGCUGCUGGUCACCAAAGCUUUGAGAGAGAACAUCCUCCAUCCUGAUCUCACGCCAAUAAUCCCCAUUCUCUGCGCCUUUGAGAAGAACCUGUGGUCUCUGCACUGGUUCUGGAAAUACUUGUCCUUUGAUAACCGCAACAAAGCCAUCAUGGAGAAGAUUUAUCAGGAGCUGCAUCAAACAACAGGAGAUGGCACCAUUUCCCUUGAGUCCAUCGGUCACCUUUUGGAUCCUUCCAGCAGCACCCUUGCCCCAGCGAACGUGAAGCGCAGCGCCCGAUUGGCCAACGCCGUCAGGCCGCUCUGCACGUGCGGCAGGAAGGCGGCGGCGGGCACAGACGAGCCCACCAGAUAGCGCACCAGUGAACCCGAGUAGGACGGGCAGCGCAGCGUCCUCUGUUCCAAGUCCAGCACGCCCAGGUUAGUGUAGUGAUCACCUGUGGAUGCCGAUCAGCCUCCAUGUGAGCAGGUCGCUGAGCUGGAGCGGGGUGCUCAAAGACGGCAUCACCGCGCCACCGGGGGCCGGCAGGAAGAGAGCCAGGACGUCCACAGUCUUCCUCAGCUCAACUUCGUCUCCCGAGAGCAGCACCAGAGGGCGGCCGCUCAGCAAGCAGAAGACCGCGUGGUGGGAGAAGGAGUUGUUUUUGAUGAAACGCCGCGCUCGCAGUCCCAGCUUGUUCAGGGGGACGCCGCCCAUGCCGCGGACCCUCCGCUGGGGCGAGGGCAACUCCGCGGCGCCGUCCAGUACUUCGAGCGCGCUCUGGGACGACGACAAUUGGCUCACCAGGAGAUCGCGCGGCGUCUGAUCGUAGGCGCUUCUUGCGUGAGCGUUCUUCGAUGCGACGUCCGUUGUGUCAUCUUUUGUGAGCUCCUCUUCUUCUGUGAUGGCGGCGAGGUCUUCGGGGACUAUGGACUCGGUGGUGCUAAGGACCUCGAUGCUGUCCUCGCUGUUGGUCCUCCUGGUGGAGACUCUGCUGCGCCGAGGUCCUGGGUCCGAGGCGGCCGCCGUCGGCGAAUCAGACGAGAAGAGAGGUGUGUCGGGGGCGGCGAUAAGCGCAGCAUCGAGGCUGGCGAGCAGGAGCGGUGAGCGGUGAGGAGCGGCGAAAGAUGCGUCGAAUGAGGCGAGAGGCACGUCGGGGGCGGCGAUCGUCCUAUAGGAUCUCUCCGUGCCGAUCACUUGUAUGCUGUCUCCGCUGCUGACGCUUCCCGUCAUCUCGCCACUCGCCGAUUCUUCUGCUUCCACGCAGGACUCAGAGCUCGGGUGACUCCCCGUUUCCCUCGCCGCCACUUCCUCUCCAUCCUCCUCCUCUCCGCUGUCGUCAGGCCGCUCAAACAGGAAGUUGAUCAGUCUGAGCUUUCUGUUCAGCGAGCGGGUGAUGCUCACGCUGCGCAGGGCGGUAAUAUCACCGCGGAGGCGGAGCUCCGUUUGCGCCAGCUGCUCCGUCGUCAGCGACAGGAAGUAGGCGUUGCAGAGUUCCUGUAUUGGCUUCAGGCGGCGCUCGGACCCGACGCGGCAGGCGGGGGGCGGAGGAGGAGGCGGGGCGGCGUCCGCGUCCGUCGAGGCGUCGGCGGGCUCGUAGGGCAAGAAGUCAGGCUGCUUCAGCUUCCUGUUCGGGUAGGAAGUGACCUGGCGGAGGAGAUCUUUGUGCGUCACGAUGGCUCGCUCCACCGCCUCCAGCUCCUCCCACUUUUCUCCGCCGUCGUCCUGCAGCAAUGCCAAGCGUUCGUACCUGAAACGGUCACACGACACUUUUUGCAAAUUCCGGAAGAGCACAUCAAGCCACAGAUACAAACUGGGAAUGUUUGUCUCUCAGCAUUCACGCAAGCAUUUUCUGUCACACAACUAUAGUAGAAUACCCAUCUCUCAGCAUUCACGCAAAACGAAUGCUCCUCUCGGAGCAUUCAGAGAGGACUAGAAUGCUUGUUUCUCAGCGUUCACGCAAACAUUUUCCAAUGCACAGUCACUAUAGUAGAAUGCUAGUCUCUCAUGAUUCAUGCUAAAUUACAGUGCUUAUAUCCCAGCAUUCACAACAAACAGAAAUGCUCGUCUCUCAGCUUUGACGUUAAAACAGAAUGCUCAUCUCACAGCAUUCACAAAAUGUUUCAGACAAACAAUAACGACAGUACAAUAAUCACCUUUCAGCAUUCACACAAAACAAGAAUGCUCGUCCCUCAGCUUUCAGGUUUAACGAGAAUGCUCAUCUCACAGCAUUCAACGUAAAACAAGAACACUCAUCUCUCAGCCUUCACAAAAUGCAUCUGACAAACGGUAACUAGAGCAGAAUACUCAUCGUUCAGAAUUCACACAAAUCAAGAACACUCGUCUCUCAGCAUGCACACAAAACUCGAAUGCUCAUCUUUCAGCGCUCAGACAAAACAAGAACGCGCGUCUUUCAGCACUCAUGCAGAACCAGAAUGCUCGUCUCCUAGCAUUCAGAGAGAUCUUAGCUAACAAUAAACGAACAAUGAAUUAAACCAGACGUUUAAAGCGACAUGCUGAGCCGUGCGUUCUUACUGCAGCUGGUGGAGCUUGUGGUGGAGUUCCAAGGAGAAGGCCUGCCUGUUUCCCGUCUUGAGGCUUUCGGCCGCCCGGCGAAAUCCGGCCGAAAGCCGU